AUGUCGGGACACACUCCCCUGAGUGCCUGUCUGCCCCUGUGCCUUUCUUACUGCCUUGCUUCAAGACUAUGGAGGUCCCAAGGAAUCUCUACAAAUGCCCUCACUUUUACUCACCACGUGAUCUCCGACAGCCCUGACAUCAAUGAUGAGGAGUUCCCCAUCACCAUCCAGAGGAAAGUCAGCAUCCUCAGGAGAGCCUUUAAGGGCACAAACCUCACACACAUCGGCGCUCAUGUUUUUGGUUUAUUCAUCGAGGGGGCAAGGUGGAAUCAUGAAAAGAAAGUACUGGAAGAUUCACUUCCUUUUGAGACGUGCUGUGAUUUUCCUGAGAUAUACUUCCUGCCCACAAAGAUUUCUACUGAAAGGCCCAGUGCCUCCAGUCACACAGAUGCAGAGCUCUACACUUUUGAAUGCCCCAUGUAUCAGACACCAGAGAGAUCAGGAACUUUGACAAGCACCAGCUUAUCCUCCAGCUUCUUUGCGUCAGUCUACUUGCCCACAAGGAAGCCUCCCAGUCACUGGAACACCAUGCAGAUUGCACUGCUGUGUGAGAAGAGGGAAAAAUAAACUU